UCCAUUUCAAUUCUAAAACCCUACCUCACUGAGUCACUCAGGCAGAGGCAGAGGCAUGUCUCACUCAGAAACGAAGAAGAAGAAGCGCGGCGCCAAUCCCGACGGCGAGGAGGCAAAGGAGGAUGGCCUCAUGAUAAAGCCGCAGAGCUUCACUCCGCCGAUCGACACCUCACAAUGGCCGAUCCUACUCAAAAACUACGACCGCCUCAACGUCCGCACCGGCCACUACACCCCCAUCCCCUCCGGCUUCUCCCCCCUGAAGCGCCCCCUCCCGGAGUAUCUCAAAUACGGCGUCCUCAACCUCGACAAGCCCGCCAACCCCUCCUCCCACGAGGUCGUCGCCUGGAUCAAGCGCCUCCUCCGCGUCGACAAGACCGGCCACAGCGGCACCCUCGACCCCAAAGUCACCGGAAACCUAAUCGUCUGCAUCGACCGCGCCACCCGCCUCGUCAAGUCCCAGCAAGGCGCCGGCAAAGAAUACGUCUGCGUCGCCCGCCUCCACUCCGCCGUCCCCGACGUCUCCAAGGUCGCCCGCGCCCUCGAGACCCUCACCGGCGCCGUCUUCCAGCGCCCCCCCUUGAUCUCCGCCGUUAAACGCCAGCUCCGCAUUCGCACCAUCUACGAGAGUAAGCUCCUUGAGUAUGACCCUGAUAGACACCUUGUUGUUUUCUGGAUUUCGUGUGAGGCUGGUACCUAUGUUAGAACCAUGUGCGUCCACCUAGGGUUGCUCCUCGGUGUGGGGGGCCACAUGCAGGAGCUUAGGAGGGUUCGCUCUGGGAUCAUGGGUGAGAAGGAUAACAUGGUGUCCAUGCAUGAUGUCAUGGAUGCUCAGUGGGUUUAUGAUAAUUAUAGAGAUGAGACUUAUUUGAGGAGGGUUGUUAUGCCUCUAGAGGUUCUCUUGACUAGCUACAAGAGGCUUGUUGUUAAGGAUUCUGCUGUCAAUGCUAUUUGUUAUGGUGCCAAGUUGAUGAUUCCUGGCUUGCUUAGGUUUGAGAAUGAUAUUGAUGUUGGGGAGGAGGUUGUGUUGAUGACUACCAAGGGUGAGGCUAUUGCUCUUGGCAUUGCUGAGAUGACUACUGCUGUUAUGGCCACUUGUGAUCAUGGUGUUGUGGCUAAGAUCAAGAGGGUGGUCAUGGAUAGGGAUACUUAUCCCAAGAAGUGGGGGUUGGGCCCCCGGGCUUCCAUGAAGAAAAAGCUCAUUAGUGAGGGGAAGCUUGAUAAGCAUGGGAAGCCAAACGAGAACACUCCCCAGGAGUGGGUUAGGAAUUUGGUUUUGCCGGCUGGUACAGAUAGUGUGUUUGCUGGCAUGGCUGCUGCUCCUGAACCAGUGGGUGAGAAUGUUAAGGAGGGAGAUGGGGAGGGGAAGAAGAGAAAGAAGCAUGAGAGUGAGGAUAGCCCGGUUGUGGUUGCUGCUAAGAAGGUGAAAGUGGCGGAAGUGGAAGAGGUUGAGAAGCAGGAAACUGUGAAGGUGAAGAAGGUGGUGGGUGAAGAGGAUGUGGAGGUUGAAGUUGAGAAGAAAGAGAAGAAGAAAAAGAAGAAGGAUAAAGAGAACAAGGAAGUGGUGUCUUCGGAUGAGGAGAAAUCUGAGAAGAAGAAGAAGAAGCACAAGGAUAAGACAGAAGAUGGUUCACCCAAUUUAGAUAAGUCUGAGAAGAAAAAGAAGAAGAAGAAAGACAAGGAGGCUGCGGCUGCUGCUGAAAUUUCCAACGGAAAGGAGGAUGAUAGCAAUGCUGACAAGAGUGAAAAGAAGAAGCAUAAGAAAAAGAAAAACAAAGAUGCUGAGGAAGAAUAAAUGAAGGCAUAUUUUUGUGUUUUGGUUAAAUAGACUCAUUAUGUAAUGCCUAUUUCUUGAUCAUUCAAAAUUUAUCGCUUUGUUUAGUGUGUUGUUGUCUUUUUAGAAUUUUGGUAGUUUUUUCUCUUAAUUUUCCCCCCAGCAAGUAUGCUCUUCGGAAAACCUGUAGUAUGCAUAAUCUUUUUGGCGUUUAAUAGGUCUCUUACAAUUGUUCCAUUCAUGUCUCUGGCCUAUGUUAUAUCAUUGCUUCAUUGACAUGUAUCCGGCCUUUGUAUUUGCAUUGCUUCAUUGUUCA